CCGUACGUCAGGUAGAUAUAUCCUACUGUCUACUUAAUCUGUUAGUACGUUUUAUAUAUGAAAAAACAUUAAAGGCAUUGUUUAAAUUGAGUGACGAUAAUCAUGAAGUGUGUUUCAUCUUUCCUCUUUGAUUGUGGUGACUUUUUUUUCAUACGUAGUUUAUUCGUAAGCCCUAUAUUAUUAUUGACCAUUUGCGCUCUUAAUUUCGAAGCAUUUACCAAAACACCGGUAUUGCCAUCUGUGCUAAUAACUAUCCCAAUAGUACUACUGUUUUUAAUACCAAUAAGGUUCGCGCUAGGAUGUUUUGGAUGGAAAGCUGAAGAGUUAGCGGCAGAGAAAAAUAACCGGAACCCAAUCAUCGUGUUCAUAACUUUACUUGGAAUAAUCAUCUCAGUGUUAACUAGAUUUAUAGUACUAACAGCAAGGAGCGAUUUUCCAUAUCACGUUGAGAAAUGGGUAGCUGAUGGAUUCACUGAGGACCGGAUGGAUAGCUUUUAUCUGCUUGAAAAAAACCGUAAAUGCUGUGGUACCACCGGAGCUGACUCUUACAUUGCCAAAAACUGGAGUAUACCCUUAACUUGUUGCAAAGAGAAGCUAAAUAAUGCCAAAGACAAGAAAAGUAGCGACAGUGAUGAAGAUGGGAGUUUUACCGAUAACGUUUCAGAUGCCAUCGAAGGUUUUAUCGACCGAACAGAUUCUAAACUUGAUAAUGCGAUGACAGAUGUAGAAUAUAAAGUUGUCAAUGAUAGCUUUUGUACUGCUGAUAAUGCAUUUGAUGGCUGCAACAUGGUAUUAGUGAAAUAUAUGUUCACAUUGGCAAGGUUAAACAUUGGCUUUACUUCUGUGAUAAUUCUUUUCGACCUAAUAACAAUAUUGUUUGCUGUGUUCGUCAUAUAUGAACUCAAAGCCAAGGAGCCACCAGCUGAUCCAAACACUGAUGAUAACAUAAUAGAGAAAGUGCCGGUACCACACCAACUAGAAGAGCAAUUCAAAUAUUAAAGUGGUUUGUUAUCACGACCACUGGGACUCCUAUAACCAGGCACUUCCGCUGAAAUCAUACCAUAGGAUUCCUGGAAAAGAAACUCGACAAAAUCAAAAUGAUCAAACAGACAUAAAUCGUUUAUUAAUAACAUAAUCUUUUUUUUGACGUUUGAUGUGGGUUUUUUUAUACCUAUAUAUUUUUGUAAUUUGAAGUAUUUUAGUGUAGGUUUUUAAUUUGAUUGUCAUAUAUUUUAUUAACAUUGCCAAUAUAUUAUAAUCAGAGAAUACAAGUGAGUUUAUUACAAAAGUACUUUUAAAGAA